CCGGCGGUUGACAUAAAAUGAUGAGGAGAAAUAGAACGAGAGGACUGCAUCAAUUUCGAACAAUAUUCGGGAAGCUUACGGAAUAUCUGCCAUAAUCAGCUAUAUACCAAGUUUGUCAACUACAAAAAUUCACAAUGGCUCUCAACGGCAAACUCAGACAAACCCAACGCAUCAUCACAACACACAAUGAUGAAGGCAAAGCCAUAAUCGACACAUCAAUCAACUCAGACGCACCCUUCUACGCCCUCCCCAACGGCGAAGCACACUUCGCACUAGGCUACGCCACAAAAGAGUUCCCCGCCAAGCUCACCAACAACGCCGACGUGGAAUCCUACCAAGGCUUCCUGACCAACCAACCAGGGCUCAGUAUCUCAACCGGCACUAUCCUCCGCUAUGUCGAUAUGUGCCCUGGUCAUGUUUCACCUAUGCACCGCACUGUGAGUCUUGACUACGGUGUUGUGCUGGAGGGUGAGGUGGAGUUGAUUUUGGAUUCGGGGGAUAAGAAGGUCUUGAAGAGGGGUGAUGUCUGUGUGCAGAGGGCUACUAUGCAUGCGUGGAGAAACACUAGUGAGACGGAGUGGGCGAGGAUGUUGUAUGUGCUUUUGCCGUCGACGAAGCCUGAUGUUGGAGGUAAGGAGUUGGGUGAGGAUUAUGGAAAUAUGGAGGGCGUUAAGGCUUCCGAGUAGAGAGAUUUGAUUUUGGACUAAGAACGAGUGUAAAUAAAAUGAUGAUGUUUGUCAUUUGUAAAUGCCUGGCAACUUUCUAUUGAGUACAAUGCCAUACGUUAAUCAAGGUCAUUAAAAUUGAGAGCCUUUGAUAUCUUCUUAAAGAACCUUGAAGUAGAAUAUAGCUUCAUAUAUAGCCGAAUCAUAGAGUUAUUUGUAGAAUCGU